AUGUUAUUUAACUCUAUCUCUAAAUUAUUUUCAAAAAAUAUUGAAUUAAAUGGAAGUUCAAAUAUGGAUUUGAAAGUAAAUAAAAACUCUCACAUGACUUUAAAUGAAAUCUCUGCUUUAAAAACUGAAAACAUAUUAUUCACAAGACCAAAUUUUGGUUUAGUUUAA